AUGGAGGCUACCGCUAAACAUGAUUUUACAGCAACAGCUGAGGACGAGCUCAGUUUUCGCAGAAAUCAGGUUUUAAAGAUUCUAAACAUGGAGGACGAUAUGAACUGGUAUAGAGCUGAACUGGAUUCAAAGGAAGGUCUGAUACCUAGUAAUUACAUCGAGAUGAAGAAUCACGACUGGUACUAUGGCCGGAUAACGAGAGCUGACGCCGAAAGACUCCUCUCGAAUAAACACGAGGGUGCCUUUUUGAUAAGAAUCAGCGAGAGUUCUCCUGGAGACUUUUCACUAUCUGUCAAAUGCUCUGAUGGCGUUCAACACUUCAAAGUCCUGAGAGAUGCACAGGGUAAAUUUUUUUUGUGGGUAGUAAAGUUUAGUAGCCUUAAUGAAUUAGUGGAAUAUCAUCGUACGGCAUCAGUAUCACGUUCUCAGGACGUUAAGCUACGUGACAUGAUACCAGAGGAGUGUUUAGUACAAGCCCUGUAUGAUUUCACACCACAAGAACCUGGUGAACUUGAAUUUCGAAGAGGUGACGUUAUCACCGUGACAGAUCGCACAGAUCAGCAUUGGUGGCACGGGGAAAUUGGAAAUAGACGGGGAUUAUUUCCAUCUACAUAUGUUACUCCUUAUCAUUCUUAG